CAAAUUUUCUCAGUUCCUGGUGUUGUAAAAGUAAUUGUUGCGGUGCCGUAUGGCGGACGGGAGCUCAGGGAAACACAGCCUCGUGUUGAGGGGUCAUCUGCAUCCUUCUCUGUGGUCCCAAACCAUGAAUAUUGUGGGCCAGCUAGCAGAGACGGUGUUUGUGACGGUAAAGGAGCUGUACCGCGGUCUCAACCCCGCCACUCUCACAGGAGGGAUUGAUGUCGUCGUGGUGCGACAGCCUGACGGGUCUUUCCAGUGUUCCCCUUUUCAUGUCCGCUUUGGCAAGCUUGGUGUGCUGCGCUCCAAGGAGAAAAUUGUGGACAUUGAGAUAAAUGGAGAAUCUGUUGACCUGCACAUGAAACUGGGCGACAAUGGAGAAGCAUUUUUUGUGGAAGAAAAUGAAAAUAUGGAGGUCCCAGCCCAUUUGUGCACCUCCCCGAUACCCGUUGAGGUCGCAGAGGAAAUGGAGGAGACCACUGAGGGGUCCUCCAUCAGUGGGUCUUGUUCCCGCAGGAAGAAGCGGCGGCGGAAACGCAUCCGCUCUGAUUGUCACCUCAAAGAAGAGGCCAGCUCCUCAUCGGAUGAGAGAGAAAGUGAUCAUACUCAACAAGAGAGUAUUCUAUCAGAAGAGCUUGCCACACCACUGCAGCUCAGUAAAUCGGUGUACUAUUCAUUGUGUGAGGACCCAAGUGAGGAAGUGGGGGCCACACAGACCAGAGAGACUCAUCCUCAUUCAGAUGGAGAGCAAUCAUCCUCAGAAAACGUGUUCUUCAGUCGGUCGUCUUCUCCUAAGAGCGACUCCGAGCUCCUGGUUAAAACUCAGGAGUCACCUGGUCCUCAGAUACAGUGGAACUGGGGAGGCUUUCCCACGCUGUGCCAACCAGAGAAGACAGUAGUGGAUUUGCAGGGUGGUUCGUCUUCUGACAGCUUUCAUUUCCGCACCAUUAAAAGACAAAACUCCUUUGACAUGGCCUGUGAUCCUGUGAUCAGUUGUGGAACAGUAGGCAGUGUCACUGUGGUCAAACCACAACCUCUGACUCACUCACUUGAUUUAGGUAGCCACUCCACGCAAACCACUGCUUUAGCCAAGGAAAACACUCACAAUGCCAUUUCUGCCUCUAGCGACAUCUCCAGGUCUUCUUCAUUAUCAGUGAAUAUGCCUCUUACUCUUGGGGCUACACUGGAAUGGGAGGGGAACAAAGACUUGUCUUCUAAUUCAGUCAGUAAUUGCACUGAUUCCCCUACUACUACAGAAAGUGUUGUUAGCCCUGAAAAUGAAAAUAGUGUGGUUUAUGUGGAACCACCAAAUGAUGCACAAAAACAACUCAAUAAAGACAGCGAUGACCACAGGGCCCUGGAGGCAAGUCCAAAUAGUACAAAAUCUUUUAAUGUGCAACAUCAGGAAGUCUUAUCUGACACCAAUAGUGCCCCUGUGAGUGAAGGUGACAGUGGAAUAGAUCCUUUUUCUGAGGGAGGGGAAGAGAAUGGUGCAUCUGGAGGGACUGAGGGGUCAGCAGGAGGUUCUGUUGUUGAAACAACUGCUCCAGGAACUGAAAUAAGAGAUGGUGGUGUCAGCCUGCCGGCUGCAGAUGUCUCUGCAGCAUCUUCCAAAGUGGAGCAACAAGACAAGAAGAAAGGUAAACGUAAUCACCAUCUAGGACCAACAGAUAUUUACUUGGAUGAUCUGACCACACUGGACCCUGAGGUGGCUGCACUUUAUUUCCCAAAAAGUGAGGCAGAGGGAGCAUUUCACAAUGGGGCAGAGCAGGGCUCCUGCUCAGGAAGCCAGUCGCCUCAGUCAGUGGGCAGUGGGGCGAUGGACAGUGGGACUGAGUAUCUGUCAGAUACCACCUCCUACAGCAUGGAUGUCAGCAUGUCCCUUUGCGGGCGAGAGGGCAACACCAGCCAGAUCACCAAAGAAAGGUUUAUGGAGCACCUUGUGACAUACCAGGAUUUUGCCAAGAAUCCAGGAAUCAUUGAGGAUCCAAGUCUAGUCAUCUGCAUAAACUCUAAUUAUUACAACUGGGCAGUGGCUGCUCCAAUGGUCUUGUCAAUGGUGUCCUUUCAGAAAAACCUACCCAAGAGUACAGUAGAGUGUCUGGUGAAAGACAAGAUGCCCAAAAAGUCUGGACGGUGGUGGUUUACUUGGAGAAGGAGGGACAUGGACAGCAGCCAGCAGAAACACUCAAAGGAGGAACAAGAGGAGCCACUGCCAAGUGUUUCUCCCACAGUAAAAGCCACGUUGGAUGACAUGGACAGUGAUGAGGCAGCAGGCCUUGGGCGAACAGCUGUCAUUCCUUCCAGUCUAUCAGCAGAAGCCUUCUACACGGCUCAGUCUUUCAGCCAGGUGUACCGUAAAUCAUUGCGUCUGACUUCUAAACAAAUAGAGCGUUUAAACCUGCAUGAAGGAGCUAACAAGGUGGUGUUUAGUGUGACCACACAAUACCAGGGCACCUGUCGCUGCGAGGCUGCUAUCUACCUGUGGAACUGGAACGAUCAUGUGAUCAUAUCUGACAUAGAUGGCACCAUCACCAAAUCUGAUGCUCUUGGUCAUAUCCUACCUCAGUUUGGAAAAGACUGGACACACAAAGGCAUUGCCAAACUCUACCACAAAAUACACCAAAAUGGCUACAAGUUCCUGUAUUGUUCAGCACGAGCUAUAGGUAUGGCUGCUAUUACCAAAGACUACCUACAGUGGGUCAACGACAAAGGCAUCGUCCUCCCCAAGGGCCCUGUACUGCUGGCUCCCAGCAGCCUUUUUUCAGCACUACACAGAGAGGUGAUUGAGAAGAAACCAGAAGUGUUUAAAGUUGCUUGCCUCGGUGACAUCAGGGACUUGUUCAACCCACGCAGACAACCUUUCUAUGCAGCCUUUGGCAACAGGACUAAUGAUGCAUAUGCCUAUAAGCAGGUUGGAGUGUCUGAAACCAGGAUAUUUACUGUCAAUCCAAAAGGAGAGCUCAUCCAGGAGAAGACUAAAGGCAACAAGUCUUCGUACAGUCGCCUCAGUGAGAUGGUGGAGCAUUUUUUCCCCUUGCUCACUGCUGAGGGCAGCACGUCCUCUGUUCUCGACUGUCCUGAUUUUAGUAGUUUUUCCUAUUGGAAGGAGCCUCUGCCGAAACUGGACCUGGAUGCACUACUGUAGACACACAGUGCCAAACCCAUUCAAAGCAUACACAAAUUAAGGCAAGCACAUAUAUUCCCAGAUUCUUCCCAGCUUGAGUGACUUUGACAAAGCUGCCAACUGGAGUGCCUGUUUAUGAGCCGCUGAAUAAACUGAAACGUAAAGAGGCUGCUCUCUCUCCUGCUGCACUCAAAGGUGGAGCCAAAGCAAUGCACUGCUGACUGCGGCCGUUAUAUUUUGCUGUUUGUGUAUUCAAAUCCUACCAUUAAUAUGCCAGAAGUGCAAAAAAAAAAAAAAAAAAAAAAGCCUUUGAACUGUUUUUUUGUACCACUGUUACAGCUGUUCAGAAAUAUAAUUUUUAAACAUAACCUGACAACUCGCAUAUCAGCCAUGAACAUUUACUGAAAUGAACUUGAUGCCGAAACGCUCCAAAUGCCAAAAUAUUCAGUGCCCCGCUGGAAGCUGAUGGCAGUGAUAUGACCAAGUAAAACAGAUAGAGGCACACGUAGCAACAGAUUAAACGUGUUGUCCUUUAUUCCAAGAAGAGUAGACAGAAUUUAUGCCUGUGUGUUGCUGACAGAAAAUGCAGACCUGAGUGUAUAGAUUUUGAACAUGUUCAAAAUGCUUUGGUUUAUUUUAGAGUGAGUUUCCAUCCCUUUGGAUGGAAUUGGUGAGGUGUAGCCUGAUCUGUGAUGACUGUUAAUGGAGUGUUUCAAGUCAAAGCUGACAAAGGUGAAUGCAAACCCUUUGGAUGGGAAUCUGUACUUGUAUCUGUGUCAAGUCUAAAUACAAAAUAAGUAAUUGGGUUAAAGGGUAUAAUAGCAUUGUAUUUGUUGUAAUACAUGAACACUGCACUAUGACGUUUGAUAAUGUUUGUACACUAUAUGAGUGAGAGGACCUCAGACCUGUAAACAUGGAGCUGGUUAAGCAGGCAGCUGCUCCGUUUUAUGACACUCAUAUUUGUUUUUGCACAUCUCUUGUCGUUAGGUUGUGCGGCAGUGCAUUGAAGCUGAAGAUAUGGCUGUUACUUUGUAGACCAAGUAUACAAAAAUAUACAUGAAUUUUUAAACAGUGCGUGUUAUCUUUCAUUUUGAAUGAUGUGCGUGAUUCCAGUUUUAAACAUACAUUAUGGCAAGAGUGA